AUGGUGCUUAUGUUAUGGGAAGAGGGGUUAUACUUUGGUGCUGUUUGUAGACGUGAUAACAGUGAUAGCAUCCAAUCAUUGCUGGUCCCCACACAUCUGGAAAGUCCUGCCAGACAUCAAGUAAAAUCCUCCAUGACCCUUGACCACCAUAUCCUCAAUCAGACUAUUAAACAGUCCCACACUUCAACGCAAAGCAGUGCACUUGUGGUACAGCAUGGACACCCAUCCCCGGAGAGUGACUCUGGCAUCACCGGAAAUCCACUCACCAUGUUGCUAACUCUCGGGAAAGAAGAUGACAAUGUGGAAUGGCAUUUAUCUGGAAAUAUUUUGAAUGUGUAUAGUGGUGAGCAGGGAAUUUCAUCAGUUAAUAUGGGCCUUACAAAUGCUUCCUGUUCAAGGAGUUUAUCAAUGAAAAAAGAAAUUACAGAAACUGAUACUCGAGCUUUGGCAAAAGAGAGACAAAAAAAAGACAACCACAACCUCAUUGAAAGAAGAAGACGGUAUAAUAUUAAUUACAGGAUCAAGGAGCUUGGCACUCUUAUUCCAAAGACUAAUGACCCUGAUACGCGCUGGAACAAAGGGACCAUUCUGAAAGCAUCGGUGGAGUACAUCAAGUGGCUACAAAAAGAACAACAGAGAGCGCGGGAAUUAGAGCUCAGACAGAAGAGAUUGGAGCAGGCUAACCGGCGGCUUCUACUCCGGAUUCAGGAACUAGAAAUACAGGCUCGUGCUCACGGUCUUCCAUCCCUGGCUUCCCUUGGCACAAUUGAUGUGGGUGCUCAUGUCAACAGACAGACCCAUCCUGAGCAGAAUUCAGUGGACUAUUGCCAACAGUCAACUCAUUUGCAGGGAAUGAACCCUGAGUUCUGUGACCAAGCUUUGUCCUUCUCCGAUCCUUUGUCACACUUCACAGAUUUGUCAUUCAGUGCUGCUUCAAACGAGGAACAAAGAUUGGAUGACAUGCUCCUGGACACUUUAUCUCCUUUUGGGAAAGACCCUCUGCUAUCGGCCGCUUCCCCUGAAGUUUCCAAAGAGAGCAGCAGGAGGAGCAGUCUCAGCUCAGAUGAUGGUGAUGAGUUAUAA